AUGGCUCUGAAGCGGAGAGCCUCAUCAUCAGAGCUUGCGUCCCCGACCAAGCGACGCCAACAGAAUCUCUCGAGUUCGUUAUUUAGUGAUGGUAAAGCCGGGAGCCAGAUGAAAUCCCCGACUUCUGGGACUGACAGCCUGUCUAUAGAUCCCAUAUUUGAUGAAAUCCACUCUGAUGAUGAUUGUUCACUUCCGGGAACACCUAGCUUAGCAAACGAAGCAAGUGAACCUGGUGAUGAUUCGAACGAGACCCCGGCAACGCCCUUCUCAACUACCUCCUCCAAGUAUCCAUCGCGACUCAAAACACGUCUCUGCCCUUUCGAGGGUUGCGAUAAGGCUUUUAAUCGACCUGCUCGGCUCCAAGAACAUAUCCGGUCUCAUACCAAUGAGAGGCUCUUCGAGUGCAAAUACGAGGGCUGCGAUAAAACCUUCCUGCGGGCAUCCCAUCUCAACCACCAUAUAAAGAGUGCACACACGGGCGUCCGAGACUACGUAUGCGACCGUCCAGGGUGUGGCAAAAGCUUCGUGACUGGAUCCCGUCUUCGUCGCCAUAUUGCCGCCCACGAUGGACAAGAUAAGCACCGCUGCACUGAGUACCCACCUUGCCGGGAGACUUUUCGGAAGCAUUCUACACUGCAGAAGCACAUCACUACGGUCCACCUGCAUAGGAAGCCAUUUCCAUGUACAUUUGUCGACCCAAACACGGGUCAGAAGUGUAAUAUGGCUUUCGACACCGCAGGCAAUCUCCGAUCCCAUGAGAGUAGGCUGCACACCCAGGAUCGCUUCACUUGUACCGAGUGCUCCAACCAGCUCAAGCAGGAGGGAUCUGCGAUGCAUACCUCCGACGGCAAUGCGAAAUUCUCAGCGACAUUCCCGACAUAUGCUCUUCUACAAAAUCAUAUCAAAACCGUCCAUCCUCCCCAGUGCCCGCAGUGCCCUAUCGUCUGUAGUACCUCUCGGGAGUUGCGACGCCAUCUCGAAGUUGCUCACGGGGAAGUUGGUGUAGACUGCAGGAAGCUUUUCCCUUGUACCUAUGAUGGCUGCGACCGCAAAUUUACCAAGAAAGGCAACCUUACGGUGCAUAUUCGAACAGUGCACGAAGGUGAGAAACGCUUCUCAUGCGGAGAAACCGACCUUUCUGCCUCGAAGAAAGUUGCAGGCUGGGAUGGUGUUGGCUGCGGAAAGAGGUAUAGCAGCAAACUGGCCUUGGAAGAACACAUUCGCACCGCUCACCUUGGACUCCCAAAUUCUAAGGCCGAGCGCCGUGAACGACUUGGACUGGCCAAGAAACCGAGAGAGUCAGCCUCCGCAAUGUCUACACUAGCCGCCUUGACUGGCCAUGGCUACGUUGAAGAGACUGGUCGUCAUAUCCCUUGUCUUGACGCUUCUUGUCAGCAUCGCUUCCACCGUGAUUACGACUUAUGGGUGCACAUGACUUCCAAGCACGGUUGUGCUGAAGACGAAGUCCAGGGCCUCUUCAUGAGACGAGCUCUUCUGGGAGACCAGUCUGGCCCUGGAGGCAACUCGCUUGGCAUUUUCGGGUUGGAGUUCGACGAUGGAAGCUUCUUACAACCUGCCCCGGGCCCUUUCAGCCAAGACCAACCUAUGGAUGCAGAACAAGACAGAAACGCCCGAGCUACGCAACAAACCCCCGACAAUGAUUUUUUUAUGCAAGAUGCGCUCCCUUCUGUGGACGCUAAUCAAUCUGCUGAUUCUAUAAUACCCAAUCGCGACGAAAUGGCAUUGAUCGACCCGGCCUUAGCUUAUCAUCUGAUGGAAAGCUGA